AUGGUCUUCACCUGGAAGAGAUACCGACGAAACGAGUUCAGUAGGUCAUUAAUGGAUGUUCUCAAGUCACUCUACACCUUCCGUUGCCGUGAGGACAGUCAAAAUGCUCGCGUUAAUGAAGAUACAUUUAACUCAGAGAAGCGUAGCCGAUCGCGGGAGACGCAUACGCAUUGGGAUCAAGCUCUUUCCAGAUCUCAUCCCAUACGCCGAUUGCCGAAUGAACUCGUUGCCCACAUUUUCGUUUUGGGCGCUGAAGACGACGUCAUGCUACCCAUGGUUUUAUCGCACGUAUGCAGAGCAUGGCGUUGUCUAGCGCUACAUACACCUGCGCUUUGGAGGCGUAUCACCCUGGACCACCGCUUGCACCUAUGGGCACGACGUAUUCAUCGCUCAAAGACAUGCACGCUGGAUAUCGAGCUUCUCCCUCCUCCACUGCCCUCGAAUGGGUUUAAUCGCGUACCUUCGCACGAUGCUCGCGUGGUGCAGUACUACAUGCAAUUAGUGGACCCUCUAAUACACCGGUGGCGUUCGUUUGAGGUUAGGUUCGACACUUAUGCGCCCCACCUGUGGAAUGCAGCUUUGUCUGCCUGCAGAGAUACGCCUGAAGCCCAGGCUCCAUUCCUGCAAGAACUCACCCUCGUAUAUCGAGGCAAUGACGACUCGACAGAAUUCGUCUUAUUCAACGGUGUCGCACCUAGAUUGCGCCGAGCGACGCUUUGUGGUAUCCGCCUCGCAUGGCUUCCGUCGCUCUUCGAGAAUCUCGUCUUUCUCGACUACACCCACCACGGCUUCACGCGCAGCCUCGAGGCUGCCGCCGAGGUGCUCAACAUGCUUCAGGUUUCUUGCCAUCUCCAGGAGCUCCGGAUUGCAUUUCCGUGGCGUGGAGACAGCAUCGCACGCUAUCCCACCCCGGCACCACGAUCGGUCAGCCUGGCACAAUUGCAUACCCUUACCAUCAGUGUCGAAGGACCCGACAUCCCAUGCGCUUUGUGGCUGGUCCUCUCCCGGUUAUCUCUACCGGCUGUUCGUAUCCUGCGCUUGCGGUCCCGCUACCCGUUCCGCAGGCCGACCAUCUUCCCUCGCCUCCACUAUGUCCUACGAGACCUCCCGCCGAUGCCCUCGGUCGACUACCUCUAUCUCGAACACGGCUGGUUGGAUACACACUUCGUCUUUCCCUUGCUUCUCGGCCUGCCACGUCUGGAGCAUCUAUGUUUGCACGGACCACGCGUGACCGAACCCUUUCUCUCGGGAUUGGCAGAGACGGUCUCCAGAAGACGUAUCAACGGUGGAACGACUGUCUAUUUGAAGCUCUUGGAGCUCGUACGGUGCGAUAGCCUUUUGGCUGACGAUCUCAUUCGAGUUGUUCAAUCUCGCUCUGGAGUAGGAGCGAUUGCACUGUACAUACGGGAGUGCGAUGGCGUAGACUUUGCGGCUCUGCGGAGGCUGAGGCCUUAUGGAGUCACCAUCAAGUUGUGGACUUAUGGUCAGACGUGA